AUGGGCUGCGCCCUAUGCCGACGGCGCCGCAGCGCGCGGGUGUGCGAUGGGCAGCUCUCGCUGAGCACGUGGACGCAGCAGAUGGCAGCGGAUGAGCGACCCGGCGGGCAUUUGAACUGGCAGAAGGCACAAAGCAGCCGUUCGCCAGUCCAAGACUUUGUGAUCAAUCCUUUGCUGCAACCGCCGAGUGGAGAAACUUGGGUUUCAAGCCCCUCAGUGCUGGAAAUUGAUGGCUAUGUGCAUUUGUGGGUGAGCAUUUCUGCAGGUAUCGUUCAUUUCGUGUCCACCAAUGGCCUUUCGGAUUGGCGUGUCGUGGAGCUCACGGUGGAUUCGCCGGGCGCCAGCGGGCCCUGCGUGUGCUGGGCAGAGGAGGGAAGCGUCGUGUACCUCUUCUAUGAGCAAGCUGAUCGAACUGGCAGCUUUCACAGCGUGAAAGUGAAGUGCAUCUCUGCUCGGCUCCCUUCCGCGGCCUUCAGCGCAGGAGAUUGGCUUUGGAGUAGUGAAGCAGAGGUCCUCGAGCCCGAAUUAGAGUGGGAGAAGGUGCAGAUCGCUCGCGUGGGGCACCCCUUCGUCAUCUACAGCAGCUUCCGGGACCAGCGGCCUUGGCCGGUGUUUGGAGAAGUGAAAUCAGCAUGA